AUGUUCUCGGAGGUUAGAUCGGAGGUAACUGCUUUCGUAGAGCAGAAUCGAAAGCAAAGGGAUGAACGACGUGAUGCUAAGGUUAAAACUGUGUCUGCUAUCGUCAUUCAGAAGCACUGGCGAAGUUUUAUUGAGAGGAAGUGUUUCAUUAAAAGCUUACGCUCAGAAUUUGACUCGAAUUUCUCUGGAGUCACUGAUCUCAAACCUCAACAAUAUAUUCCUGCUGUCCAGCUUCUAAGAUAUAUUAAAUGCUUGAAGUUCAACUAUUGCUCCAAGUCAGACUUUGAGCGCUUACAAUUGCUGAUUCGAUAUUUAGUUAACUCUGUCGAAACUGGUGACCCGAAGGUUUCUUAUGUAUCCCUUGCCUUGAGGAAGACAACCUUAGUUGAUUGGAUAGUCACAACGAAAUGGCUGUUCUCUGUAGCCAUGGGACAUAUGGGUAACAUUGAUCCAUCUGUUCCUAGUGAUUCAAAAGUCCUCAAUAUAUUUUUAUCGUUUAUAUUGAUUCACACGAAUUGUUCUCAGUGGUUGCUGAUUCAAGACGAGAAACUGAAACCUGCAAUGAAUCAGUUAGCUUCAGCUUUCCUUCAACAUCUUGUGCAGGAGCGUUUGUUUGAAAGUUUAAAUGCUGUGUUGCAAAAGGGUUUGGCUAGACACACUCCUUCACUGACGAAAAUUUCGUUAACAGGCAUAUUCACCAUUGCCAUGAGACCAUUGAUACAUGAAAAAUUUCCCCAGAAACUUGUACUUUCGUUUGCGACAAAUAUUUUAACUGUACCUGGAUUUAUACUACAUAUAAAUUCCAUGAUGAAUGAGGCGUAUGAUAUUAUAGUUAGAGAACGACUGUGCUCCAAAAUCAUUCUUACGUUAUAUGCCAUUUCAGAAGAGUUUGAUAAUGUAUUGCCUCAACUAGAGGGAUCAUACAUAUUAUGUCUAAUUGCUAACCUAAUUCAACUCAGUUUGUUAGAAACUGAUAUUUUGGUCUCAAAUUGUACGGAAUUUUGUAUUGUUCUAUCCAAAUUCAUGCAUUAUUUGGGAACUUAUGUGGGCAGUAAGAAAUCGAAUCUUUGCAGUUGGCAUCCGAUUCUGGGCUGGUUCGCUCAGUCACUCGAUAAUUCAUUACAAGAAGCCAUGUCAUUUGUAACCAGUCAAUUAAGACUACUUUGGAAUGGGCGUAUGGUUCGUUUGUUAUUCGCUGACUUAUAUGCACAAGCUGAAUUAAGUUUACCUGAAGCCAAUGGAUUAGAUGUAGGUACGUCUAAUGCAGGCCAUUCAAAUUCCACAAAUUUGAGUUACACAACAACAAACCAGUCUGGUCCUGGAACGCCAUCUAAAGCAGAGAAACUUGCUGUAGCAGGCUUAUUACCACCUUAUCAAGAAUGGGUAGCAAAUCGAAUAACUCUGAUCUCGAUGGCUAUGCGUAUCGUGUUCGUCAUGGUCUUUCAAAUUUUCUACGCCAACUAA